AUGGAUUCUUAUAUGCUUAAUCAGACGCUUUUAGCGACUGAAAAUAUAACCGAUAGUAUUCACAAACAUUGGGAUUAUUCGUCGGGGUCAAUUCAAAGGAAACAUUGCAAAAGUAGAUAUUCUAGUUUGGACAAUAUCGCAGACUGCUUCUUUCCUGAACCAGAAGAAUGGGUUCUGAUUGCUGCAUACUUCCUUACAUUUAUUUUUGGAGUUCUUGGAAAUGUUCUGGUUUGUUUUUCCGUUUGGCGGAACCGGGAAAUGCGUACAAUUACGAACGUAUUCAUGGUGAAUUUGUCCGUGGCAGACUUAACGGUAAUUCUUAUAUUGCUACCAACAGCCCUCGUCGCUGACGUUACUGAAACAUGGCUCCUUGGAGCAGCAAUGUGUAAAUUCAGCAUUUCUCUAGGGACCAUGUGUAUAUCAGUAUCCAUCCUGACACUUUGUGCGAUUUCAAUAGAGCGGUGGUACGCCAUCUGCCGUCCUCUUAGUUUCCAUAGCAACACCGAAAGAGCUCGCAUCACCAUUGCAAUGAUUUGGACAGUUUCCAUUUGCGUAGCAUUGCCCGAGUUUCUGGCCUCCACCGUGAUACCAUAUCGCCCGGACACAGUCUUUAGAACAAUGUGUUACCCGGCCUUGUGGAAGUUAAAUACCAUCGCAAUCUUCCAAAUCUGCCUCAUGGUGUUCCUCUAUUUCCUGCCACUUUUUCUGAUGGCCUGUGUUUACACCCACAUAGCUAUCGUGCUCUGGAAGAAACGGAUACCUUGGACAGCAGAUCAACCAGGUCUGAGGACUACGAAUCACCAUGGCCACUCACAGGCGAAUAAUCACUGCAGACAUACCGGCCGCGUGAAGGCGAUCAAGAUGUUGGUUGCCAUUGUGACAGUGUUUGCCCUUUGUUUCCUUCCUAACCACACACUCAACAUCCUCAGGUACACGCAGCAAUUGAAAGCAGUCCCGAAUCUGCGGAUGGUCGCUCUCAUCUCUCACUGGUGCAUGUUUUUCAACAGCUGCAUCAACCCAAUCAUCUAUAACUUUAUGAGCGAUAAAUUCAGAAAGGAGUUUCGUGUUGCAAUCGCACUGUGUUGUUUAUGUGGCGGAAACAGAAGGCAGAAUGUAUCCAGGGUAAUGUACCGCAUGACAGCGCUCCACACGAGAAAUGUCACCAUCCGAAACAGCAAAACAACAUCCAGUGGAAUAUAG